UCCAGGAGAUAAAAAUGACUAGUAAUUCAAUAUUGUUUGUGUCUCUCAGACUUCACUGCCCUCUAGAGGUCAGGCUUGUAACUACAAGACCAAAACAUUAAUGUAGAAGAAUCUAAACAAUAUUUAUUCAUAAUUAUUAAUCAUGCAUAGUUAUCUUACAUAUUUUAUUAUUUAUAGAUCAUAUUUUCCCCGUUGCUUUCAUUCUUCUGUCUUUUUUUUCUCAUGGCUUUAUAGCGUGCGUCAUCCCUGCAGCGUGGUUCCUUCUUGCACUGCAGCUGCGCAUUUACGCACUGAGCUUCGCUAGAUUUGUUAUCAUUUCAAAGCGCAGAUGCAUCUCUGAACAUAUAGAAUUCAUAGUCUGUUUCCUGCGCCUAAAAAAGAAAUCAACAUAAGGCAGUUCUGUUUUUGUUUUUUCUUUUUCUUCUGACAGGAUGUCCUCUGAAACUGCUGAGUCACCUGAAGUUAACGAAGCACACGACGCUGAACCUCUGAGGAUCAUUCUGCUGGGCAGGACAGGGACGGGCAGAAGCUCUUCUGGGAACACCAUCCUGGGCAGAUCUGCCUUCUGGGUGGAGGUUUCUCCCCGCUCCAUCACCAGGAGGUGCAGAAGACAGACUGGGAAAGCAGGUGGGCGGACCGUGUCUGUCAUCGACACCCCCGGGUUCCUCCACACUCACCUGUCUCCUGAGGAGGUGAUGCUGGAGGUGGGCCAGUGCGUCUCCCUCUACCCUCCGGGACCUCACGUCUUCUUGGUGACUCUGCAGGUUGGAAGGUUUACCCAGCAGGAAGUAGAGACCCUGGAGUGGAUAAAGACCCGGUUUGGGCCUGAAGUCUGCAGGUUCACCAUUGUGCUGUUCACUUGGGGGGACCAACUGCAGGGCAAAAGCAUUGAGGACUUCCUGGAGGAGAGUCAGGAGCUGCUGGAGUUUGUGAACAGCUGCCAUGGGGGGUAUCACGUCUUUGAUAAUAAUGAGACCACAGACGCCUCUCAAGUCAUUACACUUUUCAACAAAAUAGACAAAGUUGUGGCAGAGAAUGAAGGUUUCUACAACACUGAGAUGUUUACAGAAGCUGAGAGCAUUUUAAAGGACGCACAGGAGAAAAUCCUGGGAGGACAACCCAAAGUGGAGUCAUCUCCAAAAACGGAGGAGCAGGACGCAGGCAGGAAAAAGGAGGAAGAGGAUGCUAGGAAGAGAGAGGAGCGGCUCUUCUGGUGUGAGCUGGUGUCGGCGUUGGGAAGAGGCGCGGCAGAGGGGGCGGGGCUAACGGGAAAGGACAAAGGAAAGGGAGGAAAGAAGGUGAAGGUGGUGGAGAAGGCAGCAGCUCUGGCCGCAUCCCCUCUCUCCAUCAAGUGUGCGGCCAAAGUGGUGGGCGGAGCUGUGAGAGAAGGAAGUAAAGUGAUAGUAAAGCACAAAAAAACAUUUCUGCACUGAAACACCCACAGAACGAACUUUACAACACGUGGAGGAAAAACUCACUCGACAGUGUUUAUUCGGUUUCAACACGUCUACAAAUCUGUACAUCAGCACUUUAAAGAGCAUGCCGUGACAAUACAACAGACUUGUGUGCAAGAUUUGCACAUAGAAUCUGCUUCAGAUCCCAGGAAAAAAGAAGUUUAAUUAGAGGCAUUUUAUGUUAUAAUAAAGGAGUGCAAUUUGAGUUACUGCGAUUAACACAUUUGUGUCUUAAAGAGCUUCCUCUAAUGGUAUUUUCUCUUCCCCUUUGACCCCAAAAAACAGUUUAGUAAAGAUACUGUGACCAAUAAAAUAAACUAAAACACACAAACUUUGGCUCUAUAGAAAUAGAAAAUACAUUUAGCCCUUUUUUAUCCCACAAACAGACACAGAAGAAGAUGAAAAAAUACAAAAAGUUGGCAAAAACCACACAAAUUAUUGCAUCCAAUAGAUUUUUGGGAGUGUGGGGUGAUUGAAAAUGAAGAAUGUGUAAUAAGUUUGGAUUGUGAGGCAGGAACCUGCAGGUGCACCCUCAGCUGUUUGACAGUAAAAACAGUGGAUUUGUGUAAUGAACAUGAGUGCCAAACACAGAUGUUGACUUUUGUACAAUUCAAAGCUGUCAAUAAAACUAAUUUGAAGAUC